UCUAGGGUUUUAACACCCAACCAUGAGAAGGUGGAUCUCGGUUGUUUCUUGUUUCUGGAAUGGAUUAUUAAGGUUGUUUCUUAGCUUGAUUUUAAUAUAAUCGUUGUUGAUGGGAAGAUUCUGGGUAAAAGAUUCAAGCGGCUCGGGUUAUGGGAAGAAGAGAUCAAAGUAAGAUGUUGGUUGAGAAGGAAGGGACUUCGGUUUAUUGACUUGUAUUUUUCUUUGAUCUGCUGGUUGAUUUGGAGAUGGGAUCAUGUGAUGGUGUUAUGUGGGUUAGUUCUCCGGUUGGGAAAUCAAAAGAUCCGGCCAAUCUUGAAGGAUGUUUCAGUGCUAGUACAACAAGGUAAUCAAAGGUUGAUGUCAGAAUCAAGCGGUAAUGAUUUACUUCACGGAGUAAAGGACAUGUUCCAAAUGGAAGCAAAGGAAUUUGUUAUCUCGUUCCUCGAAAGGUUUGGUUCUUUAUCUUGUUUGUAUAAAACUUAUACUUGGGGGUCUGUGACUGGAUGUUAUCGGUUUCAUUUAACUUUGGCAUAUUGGUAUUGGACGUGGACAAAAAAAUUUGUUAACAAUAUACGGUUUAAGUGGUGGAGUCAUAUUGUAUUUUGGGUAUGGAAUUUUAUAAACACGUCUUUUAUUCCUAAAAAAGGGAAUGAAGGGCAUAACCCGACGCACCAUGGCACGGUGAAGAGAUUAACAGGUGGACGCAACCCACUUAAUCGAAAGGUUGAUAAUAAAUGAAAGUUUUAAGUUGGAAUUGUCAAGGGUUAGGAAAUAAGGCAACAAUUGGGUAUCUUCGGGAUUUGUGGAAGCAACAUAGGCCGGAUUUUUUAUUUCUGUCGGAAACUAAACAAUCCUCUUCUUUUAUGGAAAAAUUUGUAGGUCACUUUGGUUAUAAAAAUUUAAAAACGGUGGAUCCUAUUGGUUGUAGUGGCGGUUUAGCCCUUUUUUUUAAUAAUGAUUAUCAUGUUUCGGUUUUAUUUGCAAGUAAUCGUGUGAUCGAUAUUGAAGCAAACUAUAAGGGCAAAGUAAUUUAUCUCACUUUUGUUUAUGGAGACCCGGUUCCUAGUAAGCGGGAACAAGUGUGGGAGCGGUUAACUAGAACCGGUUUAUCUCGGGAUUCUCCGUGGUUUUUAAUUGGUGAUUUUAACGAAUUAACUGGAAAUCAUGAAAAGCGAGGGGGUAAAUUAAGACACGCGUCUUCUUUUAUUCCGUUUAAUCUAAUGAUUCAAAAUUGUGGUCUUCUGGAAUUUCCUUAUAUCGGCGAUUGGUUGUCUUGGCGGGGGUGGCGGGAUAAAAAACCAAUACGAUGUCGUCUAGAUCGGGCUCUAGCGAAUGAAGAUUGGCAUGAAUUGUUCUACAACACAUUUGUAGAAUAUUUACAAAUGGUAGCUUCUGACCAUUCACCGGUCUUAGCUACGAUUGCGGAUAAGAUGCCACGCGGGAAACAUACUUUCAGGUUUGACAAAAGGUGGAUAGGGAAAGAAGGUUUACUGGAGACAAUUGCAGAUGGUUGGAAUUUUGAUUCUGAACCAGGCGACGGGAAAUUUGUGGAAAAGUUGACUAAUUGUCGGCGAGCUAUUUCGCAAUGGCGACGAGAGUUGACUCCCUAUGGUCGGCAAACGAUUGAAGAUUUAAAAUCGGAACUAUAUGCGGCGCAAAGAGACGAUAGGCGAUCACGGGAAGAAAUUACGGAUUUAACAUUACGGCUGAAAGAGGCCUAUCGGGACGAGGAAUUGUACUGGCACCAGAAAAGCAGAAGCUCUUUGAUGCAAUUAGGGGACAAUAACUCAAAAUAUUUUCACGCUUUAACGAAGCAGAGACGGGCGAGGAAUCGAAUCACGGGUUUACAUGAUGAGAAUGGGACAUGGUUAACGGAAGAUAAAGAGGUUCAAAAUAUAGCGGUUUCCUACUUUAAGACUUUAUUCACUACAACAAAACCUGAGGUUUUUGAGGAUGCAUUGGAAGAAGUACAAAGUCUGAUCACGGAUCAGAAUAAUGAUUUUUUAAUAGCCCCGGCAACAGAGGGUGAAGUGAGAGCAGCACUUUUUAUGAUGCACCCGGAGAAGGCACCGGGGCCAGAUGGUAUGACGGCAUUGUUUUUUCAGAAAGCAUGGGCUACCAUUAAAGUAGAUCUUUUAUGUUUGGUUAAUUCUUUUUUAGAGGAUGGGAAUUUUGACAAACGGUUAAAUACGACAAAUAUUUGUCUUAUUCCAAAAACGGAAAGACCGACUCGGAUGACGGAACUACGACCUAUUAGUCUCUGCAAUGUUGGUUACAAGAUUAUAUCAAAGAUUCUUUGCCAAAGACUAAAGACAGUACUACCAAAACUGAUCUCGGAAACACAAUCAGCUUUUGUAGAAGGACGGUUAAUUUCGGAUAACAUUCUUAUUGCACAAGAGAUGUUCCAUGGGUUACGAACUAACCCAUCAUGUAAAGGAAAAUUCAUGGCAAUUAAAACUGACAUGAGUAAGGCUUAUGAUAGAGUGGAAUGGAUUUUCGUUGAAAAAGUUUUAACCAAACUGGGGUUUUGUGAAAAAUGGAUUAGUUGGAUAAUGUGGUGUAUCACUACUGUCCAAUAUAGGGUUCUUCUUAAUGGACAACCUCGAGGACUAAUAGUACCAGAGAGGGGUUUACGGCAAGGAGAUCCGCUGUCUCCUUAUCUAUUUAUUCUUUGUACUGAAGUAUUAAUUGCGAACAUACGGAAAGCAGAACGGGAUAAAUUAAUUACGGGUAUCAAGGUGGCAACUGCAAGCCCAUCGAUUUCUCACCUGCUUUUUGCGGAUGAUAGUCUAUUUUUUUGUAAGGCUAACAAGGAUCAGUGUGGGGUAAUCUUGGGGAUCUUAAAGCAAUAUGAAGCGGUCUCGGGACAACAAAUAAAUUAUUCCAAAUCUUCGAUCCAGUUUGGGCAUAAGGUAGAUGACGGUGUGAAGGAAGAUAUCAAAUCUACCUUAGGUAUCUCUAAUAUUGGUGGUAUGGGUUCAUAUCUUGGGUUGCCAGAAAGUCUCGGUGGUUCAAAAACAAAAAUUUUCUCUUUUGUUAGAGACAGGUUACAGACAAGGAUUAACGGAUGGUCGGCAAAAUUUUUAUCAAAAGGUGGGAAAGAAGUGAUGAUUAAAUCGGUAGCUGCGGCAUUACCAACUUAUGUUAUGUCGUGCUUCAGACUACCGAAAACAAUCACUUCUAAACUCACUAGUGCGGUUGCUAAUUUCUGGUGGAGCUCGAAUGGUGCCUCUAGAGGUAUGCAUUGGAUGGCUUGGGAUAAAUUAUGUAUUAAUAAAUCGGAAGGAGGGAUAGGAUUUCGAAACGUCGAUGAUUUUAAUUCGGCCUUACUUGCAAAACAGUUGUGGCGGUUGAUCACGGUUCCGGAUUCUCUCUUUGCGAGGGUUUUUAAAGGGCGGUAUUAUAGGAAAUCCAAUCCUUUGGAAAAUAUAAAGUCAUAUUCCCCAUCGUAUGGGUGGCGGAGUAUAUGCUCAGCUAGAUCUCUGGUUAAUAAAGGACUUAUUAAAAGAGUCGGAUCUGGGAAUUCCAUCUCAGUUUGGGAGGAUCCGUGGAUUCCAGCUCAAUUCCCGAGACCAGCAAAAAGUAAUGGAUCUAUUAAUGACCCAUCUUUAAAAGUUAACAUGCUUAUAGAUAGUCGAUCUAAUUUUUGGGACAUUGAUCUCCUCAAAGCGGUCUUUGACCAGGAAGAUGUCGAGUUAAUAAGUGCCCUACCGGUGGGUGCGCCAACCAAGGAGGACACCUUGGGUUGGCAUUUUACAAAAUCCGGCAAAUAUUCAGUUAAGUCGGGGUAUCAUACCGCACGGUUGGAUAAGUUGGAAACCAACUCAUCUUUCAUUGGGCCAGAUUUCAAUAAGCUAAAGGCUCAUACUUGGAAAGUACAGUGUCCACCUAGGAUACGUCAUUUUUUAUGGCAAAUCUUAACGGGUUGUGUACCGGUUACAGAGAACUUACGAAAAAGAGGAAUUGAUUGUGACACUGGUUGUGCCAGAUGUGGUGCACUGGAGGAAACAGUCAAUCACACACUCUUUCAGUGCCAUCCUGCAAGACAGGUUUGGGCACUUUCUCAGAUUCCUACGGUUAUGGGGACUUUUCCCACAGAUUCUAUUUUUGCAAACUUGGAUCAUUUAUUUUGGAGAAUACCAUCGGAGUUUGAUUCUAUAGCUUUUCCUUGGAUUAUUUGGUAUAUAUGGAAAGCACGGAAUGAAAAAUUGUUUGAAAAUGUGGAUAAUGAUCCGUUAGAGGUUUUACGGUUAGCGGAAAGAGAGGCACAAUUGUGGCACUCAGUUCAAGUGGAGCUUCAUACUGAAACUCAGGCUUCAGUGGAAUUUCCAAAUCGGCCUCAAACGAGGGGGGUGUCCCUAGAUUCGGAUUUUACAGGAUACCGUUGUUUUGUGGAUGGAUCCUGGAAAGACAGCGACAAGUUUUCCGGGAUAGGGUGGUUUUGUACACCAUCAAACGGUGAGCCAUCAACAAUGGGAGCUGCCAACCUCCGUAGAAGCCUAUCUCCGCUACAUGCCGAAUUCGAGGCCCUCCUUUGGGCGAUGAAGUGUAUGAUUGGUGCAGAUAAUCAAGAGGUAGCAUUCCUUACAGACUGUUCUGAUCUGGUGAAUCUGCAUGCCGAAAUCGUGUUGAUUUCGAGGAUACAUGGGUCAUUAACUUUCCGGUGGUGGUUUGAAUUACCGGUGGUGGCGUUUACGAGAUCUCUAGAGACUGAAUCGGUGAUCUCCGGCUACAAAUCGCUGAGUUGUUUUGGAAGUCGGCUUCAGAACAAGAUCGACCACCGUCAUCUCAGUAGCUACAUUGUUCUUCCGGUUUCCAGAAUGGCGUCUUCUAGUCAAAUCCUCAAGUACCCUCCGCGACUGUAUGAAGAAGAAAAAUCACCUUUGCAAAAUAGGAGCAUGAACCACAGCUGCUAUUUUUCUCAAAUUGGGAAGAUCAGAGAAGGAUUAGGUCCGGAUGUGUGGGAUGGUUUGAUGAAAUCAACACUUGGAGUGUUUAUAAAAUUGACUGAUGCUGAAUACACAUGGGCUGCCCAGACCGUUCAUUACUUCCUCACAAAUCAGCUGCGAGUCGACAACUCUCACGAGAUUUGGUGUUUGAUUGAUCAAAGGCCAAUCAGAUUUUCUCUUUAUGAAUUCGCGGACGUAACAGGGCUCAAUUGUGAUUUUAUUGACGAGUCAGACACAUGUGAAGCUGCUUACCAUGAGUUCUGGAAUGAAAUGGGUGUUGGAACGUCCGAUGGGCCUUUGUUUUCUGAGUUGGAGCAUGUAAUGGAUAUUAGCAAGGCAUGGAAUUAUGUAAUGGAUAUUAGCAAGGCAAAUUGCAGUUACCGAAACCCCUUAUGCCUUCCUCUUUUGAUUCAACAUGAACUUUCUCUUUCACUUCAACACAAAGUCGAACUGUCUAUUGUUACCAAUAAUUACGGGUGGUGUAUCUGCUGGUAAUUUCUUUGAAUUUGAGAUCUUGUAACUCAAAACAACUUCGACUACCCUGUUAUCCAAGUCGUAGUCCUCAUACACCAUUAGAAUGAAAUCAUCAUAACUGGUUUGACUGUUA